CCAGAAAAUCACAAGACAAAAUUAAACCGUGCUGUUUUCUAUCAAUACGCACGAGAUAUUCCUAAAUAAUACCAAAGCAACUACAGCAUUUUUCUUUAGUUUCGAGACAGACAAAACGCAGAGCGACACAGAGCCCAAAUGGCGUCCAUUUCAACUGUCAUACGAUCGGUUUGCUGUUGAGUCUCUCCGUGUGCGCAUGCCAAAUGGCGUAGUGCGUUUGUGCAUGAGCAAUCGAGAGGAAGUGGCGGGUGAUCUGGGUCCGCACCUUUUCCGGUAACACAGCACCGCCACCGCUGUGACUGAACGACUGUAGAAAGAGGGAGAGAGGCAAGAGCGGGGAUAAUCAACCUGGGGAACGGGGGGUUGCCGCAGUUGCAGGGAGAGAGAGAGAAGAGAGAGGAAGAGCUGAAAGUCGGAUGAAUCAAUGACAUUUUGAGCAUUCUAGACCUGGAUGUCCCGGCGAAGAUACGACCGGGAGUGAUCUUAUUUGUCUCUGUUGCAAUGAACUACCGAAUAGAAUCGUUCAUUUGAAUCCACCGAUUGGAAUAAGGGCAAGUUGACAGCCGGCAGACAAGGAGGAAGUCGGAAUUACCACGGGCUUUUGAGAGGGCCUAAUUUCUUAAACGCAACUAUUAGGCUAUAUUUUUUGUAUCUCUCUCUACAUUAUUAAAAACACCAAGGAAGUGAUAUUUAUGCACAGCCUACAAGAUGGGGAAAAUGCUCUCGAAGAUCUUUGGCAACAAGGAGAUGAGGAUAUUGAUGCUUGGACUUGAUGCUGCUGGCAAGACCACCAUCCUCUACAAACUGAAGCUGGGCCAGUCCGUCACCACCAUCCCAACAGUCGGCUUCAACGUCGAGACGGUCACCUACAAGAACGUGAAGUUCAACGUGUGGGACGUCGGGGGCCAGGACAAGAUCCGGCCUCUGUGGAGGCACUACUACACCGGCACCCAGGGCCUCAUCUUCGUGGUGGACUGUGCCGAUAGGGACCGGAUAGACGAGGCCCGCCAGGAGCUCCACCGGAUCAUCAACGACCGGGAGAUGCGGGACGCCAUCAUCCUGAUCUUCGCCAAUAAGCAGGACCUGCCCGACGCCAUGAAGCCCCACGAGAUCCAGGAGAAGCUGGGUCUGACCCGUAUCAGAGAUAGGAAUUGGUACGUUCAGCCCUCGUGUGCUUCCACCGGUGAUGGACUAUACGAGGGUCUCACCUGGCUCACCUCAAAUUACAAAUCUUAAUGUUCAUCACUUCUAUGCUCAGCCUGGACUGUUUAGUUACAAUAACAAGCAAAAAAGCAAAAAAUAAGUGAAAUGAACAACCGAUGGAAAUAAUUACACGCUGAGGCAAUUAAUGAAUAACAUGACUUCUCAGAUGAGUAGGCCUUUAUAAAAGAGAAGUUUCAUUAUAAUACUCCCUUUUUUUUCUUUUGAUAAUGGUGAAUGAUGCCCCUAUAACCCAUGUUUUUUAUAAACAAAAAAACAAAUA